UUGUACUCACUCAGAAAGGAAAAAUGCCAUUUGGAAGCACUUCUACUUCACUCACCUUACUUCUCUCUCCCUCUUUCUUUCUCAAGUUAGCUUAGCAGUCUCUCACCACAAAGUCUAACCUCACAUCACAAAUCCGAACAAACAGUGAUACGGAAGAGAAGACAAGAAGAAAAAGAAGCUAAAAAUGGAAGAGGAAGCAGCUUUGGUGACGGAUGGUCCAGCAAUGACCUUUGAAGAGGUUUCCAUGGAACGCAGCAAGAGCUUCGUUAAGGCAUUGCAGGAGCUUAAGAACUUGAGGCCUCAACUUUACUCUGCUGCUGAUUACUGUGAAAAGUCUUAUCUUCAUAGUGAACAAAAGCAAAUGGUAUUGGACAAUUUAAAGGACUACACUGUAAAGGCUCUGGUGAAUGCUGUUGAUCACUUGGGAACUGUUGCUUCCAAACUUACUGAUCUCUUUGAUCACCAAAGUUCAGACAUAUCAACUAUGGAGCUGAGAGCUUCUUGUGUUAGCCAGCAACUGCUUACAAGCCGGACAUAUAUAGAAAAAGAAGGUCUUAGACAGCAACAGCUAUUAGCAGUUAUCCCAAUGCAUCACAAGCAUUACACUCUACCCAAUUCUGUUAACAAGCGGGUGCACUUUAGCCCUCUCAGACGAACUGACACAAGACAGAAUCACUAUCAAGAUAUAUCCCGUCUUCAACCUUCAGAUGCCCCAUCAUCGAAAUCACUCUCCUGGCAUUUAGGCUCAGAGACAAAGUCGACCCUAGAAGGAACAACGACCACUGUUGCACCAAGCUCCAAAGAUUCAAAAGCUUUUGUAAAGACAUCUGGAGUGUUCCAUCUUUCAGGGGAUGAAGAAAACAUAAUAAACAAAAAGCCUCUGGUCGGAGGUGUUCGUGCAACAUCGACCAUUACAAGGCAGAGAUACGGUGAUGCCCAUAAGGCUGUUGAAGUUACCAAACUUACGACUGCUCACAAUUCACUCGACAACCCGCGAGGAGAGAUCAUUCAAGCCCCUGUACGGACCAAGAGUGUUCUAUCUGCAUUCUUUGUCAAACCAAAAACUCCACAGCUUAAAGCUGGUUAACAACUCUUUCUACUGGAACGACAUCUCAAUAUCAACCUUUCUUUUUUUUUUUCUUUCAUAAAACGUUAUCAAUGUAAUGAAUACAAAUGACAUGAUUAUGGUACGGGAUUAGCAGAACUGUGUAGAUAAAGAACAAUGUGCUAUUGAAAAAUGAUUUCUGUUUAAGGUAA